AACCACUUCCUCUUCCCAUCGCUUCGGAGCAUUCACGAUCUUGGCCAUGACAAACCGCACGAGUGCUGCCACCUUUUGGAACAUUCUUUUAUUUCCAAAUAUUUCACGAUGUGCUGUCAGGGCACUAAUGACUACAUUAAAUGGUUGAGGACAAGGACCACCGACGAUAUGGUCAAAGUUUACCAGUUACACAAGCUACAACUUCAAUUGAUUCUAGGGUCCAGAUCAAGUCCAACGACACCACAACAGAGACUUGUGUUAAAAGAUUCCAUCCACUGUUCAAACGUAGAGGCGCUGUUGACGGUUUAUCCAGACGCAAUUUUCGUGCACACCUAUCGCAAUCCAGUCACAACCGUGGCAUCCGGGUGUUCCAUGGCGGAGACCUUUCGUAACUUUUACUGUAAAAAUGGUGGAAUCAACUUCAAAAGGCUUGGUCACCAAAUGUUAACUACCCCUUUGUUCAACGGUGGUAACGAGCUUGUAAGGUAUAGAAAGAGUCACCCCGAACACGAAGAUAAAUUCUUUGACGUACAAUACCAAGAGCUUGAAGACGACCCGAUUAGUGUCUUGAAGUCGGUGUAUGAAAGAGUAGGGGUCAAAAUGACAGAUGACACCUUGCGGAACUUAGAAGCAUAUGUGAAGGAACAUCCUCGACACAAGUAUGGCGUACAUAGGUACAACCUUGAAAAGUAUGGGAUUUCUGAAAGCGACGUUCGAGAAUAUUUUAAAGAGUACAUUCAAUACUUUGAAAAGUAGUUUUUUUCCUAAUGAAGAGUGUCUGGAACAUAAGCAGGGUUUGAUAGCUGAAUUAUAAAUAUUAUUUUUCAAAAAGAGUUAUUUAAUCUGUAGUAAUGCUGUUUCUACGAUAUUUUUUUCUAUUUAUUUUUCUUCAUAUAACGUUUUUUAAAUGACGAAUGCCAGUUAACUAAGGAUAAGGCGGAAUAGACUUAGUCGUAUGACAAGCAUUUACAUUAGAAGAUAGGCCUACACUUAUUAUGAAUGAUCAUGACACAUCACGGUAGAAAGUUUAUCAGCUCAGAAGUGGGAAUAACUUAGUUGGAAUUUAUACAUAAUGUACUGGCGAAGAAUAAAUUUCGUGAUCACAAAGUGAUCUAACAUUGGCUUGCCAAUAUAAGAUUCAUCUAUUUGAAUUAAUUAUUAGUAUAUUUAUUUUUAUAAUGAUAUAAGUACAUAUAUUAUUAUCGA